UCUCAGUUCACAGAAUCUGAUGCCAAACUUGGUAGCUUUAUCAUUAUCACCUCCUUCACUAGCUAUCACCAACAUUCAUUUAAUUCACAUUUCACACACUCAAAUCCUAUCUCGUAUCAAAGGAACAAAACAACCACCCAACAAACCCUAAUUCAACUUUUCCGAUCUGAUCACUUCGAGGUGCUUUCUUUCACUCUUUGAUCAUCUCGCUUUCCCCUUUUCCUCAACCAAAGUUUUCGAUCUUUCAUUUAUUUAUUUAUUCUCUGAAAAUCUAUCGAAAUAGAAUUGCCUACCCCCAAUUUUUGUCCUUUAGUGGAAAAUCUGAGAAUUGCUCAAGUUUUUCGCUUUGAUUGAUUUUCCAGCUACUCGAUCUAUUGUAGUUGUAAAAAUUCCAAAUGAGUCGGGCACAGGAUGCAAACCGAUCAUUCUUCCCUUUUGGAAAUCCUUUUAGGAUGAUAUCACCUAAAAGCCCUAAAAUUUCUUCACAGCUGUUGUUAAUUCUACAUGCUUUUGAAGCAACUUUGGAAGAGAGGCUGAAAAAGCUUAUUCCCAAGAGCAAGGAUGAGAUCCUCAGCUUGUCUUGGAUGACUUUGGCUAUGCAGUCACUUUGUGAGAGCCAUAAUGACAUUAAAACCAUCAUAACAGAGCUUGAGCUUCCUGUACAUGAUUGGGAUGAGAAAUGGAUAGACGUGUACUUGGACAUUAGUGUGAAGUUGCUAGAUAUAUGCAUUGCAUUUAGCUCUGAAUUAUCACGCCUGAACCAGGGUCAUCUUUUACUUCAGUGUGCAUUGCACAAUUUAGGUUCUUCCUCUUCAGAGCAGUAUGUUCGGGCAUGUUCUUCACUUGAUGGUUGGAAACAGCAUAUUGGUUCUGGAAACCCUAGGAUUGAGAAAUGUGGCAGCAUUUUGGAUGAUCUUCUGCGGUCACUUGAUCUUCCAAAGGUUAAAAAGUCCGCUAAAGGAAAGGUUUUGAUGCAAGCUAUGUAUGGAGUAAAGGUGCAGACAGUAUUUGUAUGCAGUGUGUUUGCUGCGGCUUUUUCGGGCUCUACAAAGAAUAUGUCAGAUUUGAAUGUGGCUGAUGUAUAUUCUUGGGCUCCAACCUUUAAAAGUUUGCAAGAUCUUGUAAAUGAGGAAAUUAGAGUAAGAUUUUCAAGUGGGAGAUUUACUAUAUUGAAUGAGUUGGAAGUAGUUGAUUCCUCUGUGAAGGAAUUAUAUCCUAUUAUCCAGGGCAUUGCAGAUACCAUUGAGACAGAAUCACUUGCGAAGAUUGUUGGGGAAUUAAGCAGAGCAUCAGAGAAGCUUUCACAAGGACUAGAUCUUCUUACAAAGGAAGUCGAUAGCUUUUUCCAAGUGGUCUUGACCGGUCGUGAUACCUUGCUAUCUAGUCUGAGGUCAGGUGCAACUUUCAUUGACAGCAUUCAGGUGGGUAACAGAGAUGCACAAAUAGUCAAUUGAAUGUGUUGCAGCCUAACUGUGGUAGAUACUGAUGGAUCUAGGUAUUGGGUUUCAUGUUUUAUGGUUGAUGGUUUUCAAUCAUGUUUGGCUUAUUGUAUUCAAGUUAGAAUGAGUAAUAGGUUAUAUGAUUAUAUUAUUAUGGUUCUGAAAUGUAUAUUUCUGAUGUUCUGUUUCUGUGUAAUGUUAUAUGAUAAAAUAUAUAUAAGAAAGUUGCUUGUGCUCACAGAAGUUUGUAAUUUGCAACCCUGUCAUUCUUUCUAUUCAUUAUGUCCUGAAA